CUCCCUCUGUCUCUGGCCGAUGCAGUAGUGCUGAGAUGCUGCAGCAGCUGAACAGUCCUGAUCGAGCCGCUGUGCAGCGAGCGAGCGCCCGCCCGGGACUCACACUUUCUGCUCCACAGGAUGUGAGAUCAGAUAAGCAAUCAGGAUGGUAGCAGUGGUCCGGAUCGAUGUGGAUAGACCGAAGCGAUGGAGGAGACUACGCCAGACCCAGCCUUUGUGGACGUGGAUCAGGGCCUGACUCUGGCAUGCAUCGCCUUCCUCUGCCUGCUGCUAGUGGCCAUGAUCAUCCGCUGUGCCAAAGUCAUCAUGGACCCCUACAGCGCCAUCCCCACCUCCACCUGGGAGGAACAACACUUGGACGACUAGCAGGCACAGACACACCUUCUUCAGGAUGAAGGGCCACGGAACAACAACUCAAAGCACACCAACUAGGGACUCUCACAACUCUGAAACUACCUACAGCCUCCAAGCCGGGUCCAUGUCCAGCUGAGCCGAGGCCCAGGCCAGCCAGAACAAUCCAAUACCACACAGCCCACGCAAGUGGGCCCGAGCUGUUCCCAGAGCAGCUAUCGAUGAAAGGAAAAGCCCGUAGUUCACCUCCAGCACUCUUCAACAAUACCAAGUGCAAUGAGGAAGAGUGAGCGCUACUGUAUGCCUGCGUGAGUUUUCAUUUAUCUUUCGAGGGCACCUUUUGGUUUUAUACAUUUUUCUAAUAAUCAUGAUGGAUGGACCGUGCAAAUAUCGAGUAUGCUGUGCACUGGACCGUCGCCUAGCUUGGAGGCAUCCUGACAAAGGCAGCCUCAUAAGAGGAACUCGGCACAGAAAUAGCGGUAUUUCAUGUCUGUUUACAAUGAAGAGACAAUAGUGGCUCUGUUAGAAUCAAUGCUAUUCAGGAUACACAGUAGAGGGUGCUUUCUAGCAUUACAAACGCCAGACCAGGACUCUUAGUUGAGCUUCAAUGACAAAGGUAAACUUCCCUUUAGUUUUAAAGAACUAGUUUGACAUACAAAAUUCAGUUUUUUUGGCUAGAAUGUAGUUGAUUAAACAGGACAUAAUUGGUGUCUGAAGAUUUAUUGGCUUUGCGUUGGAGCUACGAGGUUAAUGUACCUAAAUGGGGUCCUUGUAAUGAAAGUUUGGACCCAGCCAAUUAGGACUGUGCUAUAAGUGCAAGUCUAAAUCAUCACAUAUUUCCCUGUACUUUUUAAAGUAUUAAGUCAUUUCUAAUAGAUUUGUUUAUGUGGCUGUAUGACCAAUCCUGUAUGACUUAAAAUGAACCAAAGUUUAGGAGAGCAGGGCGCAAAUGAACAUAUAUUAUUCUAAACUAACUUUUCAGAAGUAUUCAAGCAACAUUGUUAUACAAACUCUGCUAUGAAUGUAAACUUUGUUUUGAGCACCUACUGCCGUGAGUACACAUGUUACCAUGUGACCCCAUAGGCAGGGUUGACUGCAAUGGACUUGUGGAUAAAAAUGUGGAUAAAUCAAUACAGUUACGGUUAAUUUAACACAAUCCUACAUCGCUUGAACCAGGAAAGCUUUUUGGCUUAAAAAGAUAUGGGUUCAAACAAAUGAUUAGUCAAAAGAGGCAACUUUUAUUUUGGUUACAAAGUAGGAGAGGAAAUGUCAGCACAACAAAGUGAAAUAUUUUAUUCACAUGACAUUUCAAAAAUAAAUAAUCAAUAAAAAAACAAUAUUAUAACUACUUUGAAUUUAUAUGGAAGGAUAUUGAAUUGCAUUGGUUAUAAAGGGAUGCUGUUGUAACACUGUGGUAAAGCUAACCCCUCUGUGUGGAGGCCGCACUUAAAAACGAAUGCUUAAAAACGAUGGAGCGACCAAGAAGGAGAUAAAAAUAAUAUAGAAAUGAAUUCUGUGACUCAGAGAACUCCAUAAUCAGAAAAAAACAGAGUGAACCUGGAAAAAUGUCUUUCUGAUUGUUGUCAAAAUCUGCAGAUGAUGUUGCUAUGGGAAUAGGAGAACAUGAGCAAAGACAUGUUCUACACACUGAAAAAAGAUCAAGGCUCCUUUAGUAAAGCCUAUGGAUCUAUUUAGAAUCAUGAGUGCUAUAUAGAACCAUUUCAUACUUAAAUGGUUCUUUGAAAUCAUUCUUCAGAUUGAUGGAGAAUGGGUUAUACAUGGUUCCAUAUAGAACCUUUCUGAAAGUGGUUUUGCAUAGAAUCAAAAAGGGUUCUUCUAUUAUUACAAGCUUGACAUUGUAACAAUAGCAGAAGCCUUUUUUGCUAGAUAGAACCUCAUGCAUGUUUUUGUACAUACAUAUUUAAAUAGAACUGUUGACUUUAUUAAAGAACCCUUGAAGCACCGUCUUUUUAAAGGGUGUACUUGAAGCUGUUAAACUACAAUCUCAAAAAAGACGGUUUUUCAAGGGUUCUUUAGUAAAGACAAUGGAUCUAUACAGAACCAUGAACUUCCAAAGAACCAUUUGCACAAUUAAAUAGUUCUUUGCAUGGUGAAAUGGUUCUUCGGAUUGAUG